AUGUCCAAUAGAUAUACCUCGCUGACCCAGAACUCUGGACUGGGUACCGGGUCCGGUGCCGGUCUUUCCGGAACCCAGCUGCCAGAUUUCGGUGAAAUAUACUCCUCUUAUGCUCAGCAUAGCAAUCCUCAACAAGACCAAUCUUCGGCUUCUCAUAACCAGUCCCAGGACUCAUUGGACUCGAACCUGAACCAUGUUGGCGAUAACACCCCGCCAGUACGCAAAACUUCCUAUAAGAUCAAUCCCACCAGGGCCCAGGCGGUGUUCCAGGCGUUGAACGAGCUGUCUGCCCAAGCUCUGCCCCGUACUCCUGCAAGAGAAGGUUCUCCUGGCCUGAGUGAUUCGUUUGAUUUUACUCAGCCUAACCAAUCGGCUUUACACUCUUCGAGUUUGAAUGUGUUGCUCGAUACUCCUUCUUCCGAGAGCCAGUAUCGCCAGUUGGUGUCGACCCCGCCUGUUAUAGAGACAAACUACAGACAUCACGGUCGCCACACCGAGAGUCAGGAGAACGUGGACGAUGAAUCCAGUAACGUGGAUGUGCUGUUGCGUAGCGAAAGCGUCGACAACUGGGCUGAAAAGGGCGGUGCCGAAAGAACCGUUUCUUCCACUUCCAGUGGCUACGACUACAAGGUGAUUGGCCGCACGGUCAAGGAUUUUGAAUUCGGUAAAGAUAUUGGCGAGGGCUCCUACUCCACGGUGGUGUUGGCCACAGACAAACUCACUGAUAAGAAGUACGCUGUAAAAAUACUAGACAAGCGCCAUAUCAUCAAGGAGAAGAAGGUCAAGUACGUCAAUAUUGAGAAACACGCUCUUAACAGGCUUAGUGGCUGUCCGGGUGUGAUUUCUUUGUUUUUCACUUUCCAAGAUAAGCACUCUCUUUACUUUGUGCUUGAUUUUGCAGCCAAUGGUGAACUUCUUGGACUCAUCAAACAAUACGGUACGCUUAACGAAGAAUGUACUCGUUACUUCGGUGCUCAAAUGCUUGAUGCCAUCAGAUACAUGCAUGACAAUGGUGUUAUCCAUAGAGAUAUUAAGCCAGAGAAUGUGCUUUUGGAUGAAAACUACAGAAUCCAGAUUACCGACUUUGGUACUGCCAAACUUCUUGAAAGAAAGAAGAACGGUGAGACUGGUGAAGAUGAAGAUUACCCUCUAGACGUGCGGGCCAAGUCGUUUGUGGGUACUGCUGAAUAUGUGUCUCCUGAAUUGCUUGAAAAUAAGUACUGCGGUAAGCCUGGUGAUAUUUGGGCUCUUGGUUGCAUCUUGUAUCAGUUGAUUGCAGGUAAACCUCCAUUUAAAGCCACAAACGAAUACCUUACUUUCCAAAAGAUUACGAAAUUGCAAUACGCCUUCAGUGCCGGUUUCCCCUUGGUUCUCAGAGACUUGAUCAAGCAGGUUCUUGUACUCCAGCCCUCGAGAAGAGCAACGAUUAACCAAAUCCAAAAGCAUCACUUUUUCCAUGAGAUCGAUUUUAAUGACACUGAUUCCAUCUGGAACACCCCUGUGCCUGAAUUGGGUCCUUAUAAGAUGACUGCCAAGUCCAUGAUGAAAAUGCCACCUGCUCCAAAGGUUUCACCAAAGAAGAUUAUCCGUAAGCCAGGCAAGAAGAAGGCCGCUGGCCAAACCGCUCAAGCGCAAGAAAAGCCAGGUCAGAAGCGUGUUACAAGCGAUAGUAGCUCAGGAGGAAAGAAGAACUAUAGCGCUGCAAGUGUGGCAGCUUAUGUGUUCCACAAGCAAGACGAAGAUGACAGCCAACCGAAUGUGUCAAAUCCAUCUGCAAGUGCUAGUGCUAGAAAGCCAUCCGCCCCAGAAUAUAUUCCAGGAACCAACAUUUUGAGACCUGUCAUCAAUUCUAGAGCAAACUUCUCGAGAAGCAGUGUCAGCCACGCUUCCAGUUCAUUCAGCGCUUCCAGCUCACAAUUAGAAAGGAAGAAUUCCAAGCAGCCAGAGGUUCCACCAAUCUCCAGUGUUGAGCUUGCCUGGAAAGAUCAUCUCAACUCUCCAGAGGAGAGAAUUUUACAUGUUGGUCAGGCCAUAGUUUGCAAACAACCUACAGAGUAUUUCGAGAGAAAACAUAAAGGCUUGAUACACAAUGCUCCAUUGAAGUAUGUUAACCAACUUCAAGCAGUCGCAAAGGUUGGUGGAUCAGAUUCCAUGCUUUCUAGGGUGGCUCAAGGUAAUAAGGGCGGCUUGAGAAGUGCACCUGAGUCUUCUCCUUACGCCGCUAAUGAAAAGGAUGCUGUGAUUGAAUUCAACCUUGAAGAGGAAGUUGACCCUAAGAUUACGAGUAUCCCAGAAGAUGAAGAUCCACCUACGUCUCCUGUUGAAAGCAAAGAAAAGGAAGACCAGAGCAACGGUACUGGAAAGUCUGCAUCGAAGAUUGGUAGAAAGUUCUUGAAGAAGUUUUUGAACCACACAGAGAAGAACGACGACGGCUCUGAUGCAUCGUCUUCAAAGUCUGGUGGUAGUGGUGGAAAUGGCAGAAGCCGCAGUUCAAGCUUCUCGUUGGAUAGAGCAAAGAAUUGUACUCUUGUUUUGACCACCCAUGGCCGCUUCUUGAUAUUCAUCAAGGAAGGUAGCAAUGAACCAAAGUUGGUGACCGAAGUUCUUCUCAACUAUCCAUUCAUCCUGUUCAAGGAAGUUGUCACGAACCACUCUGCCAAGUUUGGAAAGAUCAUUCCAGUGACUGGUAUUUUUGCAGUUCAAGCGAUAGAGUCGACUUUCGUUUUUGAGGUGGAUAAGUAUGAGGUCGACAUUUGGACUGUUGCCUUAGCCAGAUCCAAGUUAGGACAAUUCGACAGAGAAAGAGAACAGUCCCAGGUGUCGCUGAACCCAUCACCUAAGCUUAUGGAUGCUCCUUCUUUCAAGACUCCACCUUUGAACAGCGAAAAGAGUUUCGAGCUCGAUAGUCCUUCUCAACCUCCAGCACCAGCCGCUGCUCCACCACCUCCUCCCAAGAGCAACCGUAAGGUGAGCGAAACGGGUUCCCAAGAACUGCCCAAGACUGUGCAACUGCCAACCUCAGACCAAGAACCUCUGCUGCCAAAGCAAACCCUUGAUCCUAAAGGCCGUCUGAUGUUCAAGAGCAGAACCAAGCAAUCUAGAAGUAUGAAGAGAAAGCCACCACCACCGCUUCCAAAGGGCAACAUCAACAACACAGGCUUUGCCAAGGACCCAGUAAGCCCUGAUAACGAUACACUCCAUGCUGCGUUAUUGGCGGUGAACAACAACCCAUCAGCCAAACUGGAGGAGUCUCGUCGGUCGAGCUUCUCCAAAACCACCCCCACCAGCCCUACGCAGAACAUCACUUACAGGUAUCAGUCGCCAUCGAACGGCAAGGGACGCAUCACAGCCAUGAAUUCGAAGUUGCUUACGAGAACUCGUAAUAAUAAACAUUCAGCUAUUGUCACCCGUGGCCGUUUCGCUGGUAAGAAGGUUGUCGUUGUCAGACCACAAGACGACGGCACCAAGGGCCACUCUUUCCCACACGCCCUUGUUGUUGGUAUCGAGAGAGGUCCACAGAGAAUCACCAAGGCACACGACGCUAAGAAGAUUGCCCAGAGAACCAAGGUCAAGCCUUUCGUCAAGGUCAUCAACUACAACCACUUGAUGCCAACCAGAUACUCCUUGGACGUUGAGUCUUUCAAGAACGCUGUUACCUCAGAUGCAUUGAACGAGCCAUCUCAGAGAGUCGAGGCCAAGAAGGUUGUGAGAAAGGCUUUGGAGGAGAAGCACCAGGCCGGUAAGAACAAGUGGUUCUUCCAGAAGCUCAACUUCUAA